AUGAGGUUCAGUACCGUUAUAAGCGCAUUACCAUUCAUCUCGAUUGUUAUCGCAUCUCCAUUAUCAUUAGUGAAGAGACAAGAUGGUGAAGCACCCGCAUGUGCUCAGGACUGUUUCGAUUCGGUAGAUCAGUUCGAUACCUGCUCUCAAGGUGAUAUACAAUGUUAUUGUACCGAUGAAAUCAUCACUGCAUCCAUUAGAUCAUGUCUAAGUGCAAGUUGUACUACCGCCAAUGCAACCGAAGCAAUCUCAUACGGAGAAGCCUACUGUGCCUCUCAUGGAGCUACAUUAGGUGGUGGAUCAUCCUCAUCCUCUUCGGCUUCAGCUUCAGCUUCUUCAGCAGCAGCUACAUCAACAGCGUUCGUUUCUUCCUCGUCCACCUCAACCAUUUCAACUAAUAUUCAAUCAUCUAGUGUUUCUUCCGCUUCUGCAUCAUCAGCUUCUAGCUCUUCGUAUGUCUCCUCUUCGCUUCUACCUGCAUCUGCAUCCUCUACUUUUGCUUCAAAUGCUUCAUACACAACCAACAGUUCAUCCUACCCUAUUCCUACUCCUUCGGUAUUCAACACCACCACAUAUAACACCACAUCUUGUCUGAACACUUCAUCUAUCUCGUAUUGA